UCGCGGAGCCAGUUGCCAUGGAGCCGGCCGGGCCCUGUGGUUUCUGCCCAGUCGGGGAGGCCCAGCCAGCGCGCUACACCUGCCCGCGCUGUAAUGUCACCUACUGUUCGCUGCGCUGCUACCGGGCGCAUGGCACCUGCGCCGAAGACUUCUACCGCGACCAGGUGCUGAGCGAGCUCCGCGGCCGCACCGCCUCGCCCAGCCGCCUGGCAAGCGCCCUACGCCGCCUGCGUCAGCAACGCGAGGCCGAGGAUGAGCCCGAAGACGCAGGCCUCAGCUCUGGCCCGGCGCCCGGCAGCCUCUCAAACCUUUGGGAGCAGUUGACCCCGGCCGAGAAGGCGGCCUUCGAACGGCUGCUGAGUCGUGGCGAGGCAGGGCGGCUGCUGCCCCCAUGGAGGCCGUGGUGGUGGGCCCGCGGGACCAAGCCGCGACUUCUGGAGGAGCUCGAUGACGCGCCGGGCAAUGCCGCCGCGGAGCUGGAGCCCGCCCCUGCGAGGACCCCGCCGGAACCCGCGAAAGAUGCAACCGUCGUCGCGGAGCUCGAGGCCGCUGAGCCGGUUCUCGGAGACGCCCCCGGGGCGAGCGCGCCCGCAGUACCCACCCGCAUCCCCGCGCUGGCCAGCCUGAGCCGCGGCCCGGCCUCGCCGCUCGUGCGCUUCCAGCUGCCCAACGUGCUGUUCGCCUACGCGCACACUCUCGCCCUGUAUCACGGCGGGGACGAUGCGCUGCUGCUCUCCGACCUCUGUGCCACCCUGCUCGGCGUUUCCGGGGCUCUGGGCGCCCAGCAAGUCUUCACCUCCACCGAGGAAGCCCUGCAGGCCGCAAUCCACGUGCUGGAGGCGGGUGAGCACGCGCCGGGGCCCCUGGGCACACGCGGUGCCAUGCACGAGGCCGCCCGCAUCCUGCUGGGCGAGGGCCCAGCCAACCAGAAGGGCUACACGCUCGCAGCACUGGGGCACGUGGCGCAGAUCCUGGGCGGGGCCCGGAGACGGGCAGUGGAUGCGGGAGAGCGAGAGCGCCUCUACCGGGCCCGGAAGAAGUGCCAGUUCCUGCUGGCCUGGACCAACGAAAACGAAGCGGCCCUCACACCCCUGGCUCUAGACUGCGCCAGGGCUCACCGAGCCCGUGCUGUGGCCGCCGAGGAGAUGGCAGCCCUCGCUGGGGAGAUGGAACGGCUCUGGGGAGGCCCCUUGCCACCUGCCCGGAGGACUCUGAUUGAGGAACUCCCUGGCUGAACUGGGGACCUUUGUCGUUAAUAAAGCCAUGGCUGGUC